AUGGCUACUGUCCAGAACAAAGCCCUGCUGCAGUUCUUCUCUGAGGCGGCAGGAUCACGUGAUCCCGAACUGCUGCCGGAUGUAUCUGACAUAGAUGAGCUGAUCGCUGCAGGAGUGGACAUCAACUGCAGGGACAAGUAUGGACAGACCGUCUUACACGAGGUAGCCCGUCAGUGGCAUGUAGAUGUUGCAAAGUAUUUAUUGAAACUUGGAGCUGCAGUCGACAUGGCCGACAAAUAUGGCCGCACUCCCCUCCAUGUUGCUGCAGCUAGUGACUACCCUCAGAUGAUCAAACUUCUCAUUGACUUUGGAGCUGAUAAAGAAGCUAGAACUAAGGAACAACAUCAAACUCCUGUUCAUUUUGCUGCCCGUAAUGAUGCCUGCAAAUCUGUGGCCAUGCUCAUCAAACUAGGGUGUCAGUAUGAAGAUGUGAUAGACUACAAGGGCAGAACUCCUCUACAGCUGGCUGCCGAACUGGAUAGAAGUCAAGCUGCUCGAUACCUAGUGGAGAAGAAGGCGUCUGCCACUGUCAAAGACCAUGAUGAGCAGAAAGCAAUAACAUGGAUGAUAGCCAAGAUGCCCCAAGUGGCCCACGAAGCACUGACACAGUUUCGGCAGAUUGAUAGCCAGAACAGGAAGCAGCAUUAUCUGCUACAACAUUUGGUACCUGGCAAAAACAAGAAUACUCAUAGUCACUCACCGAUGCAAGUGGCAGUAAACUACCAUCAGUUCCAUGUAGUCAGUCACCCCUGCAUGACACGUCUGCUACAGGUGAUGUGGGACAGAUUUGGUCUAUUUGGUGCGUGUCUGAACCUCCUCCUCAACCUGGUGUACAUCCUCCUGUGGACUGUGCAGGGAGUCUUGAUAGAGUACGACCAGAGACACAUCUACACCCUGCCCCAGGACUGGUGGAGGAUUGUCCUCUUUGUAGUUGCUGUGGGCUUCACCGUGUGGUUGAUCGUUGAGGAGUUCCAGGAGUUCAACAGGUCAAGGACAGCUAAUAAGGUGUGGGUGACAUGGAGGACACAACAGAUAGAGAAGGACUUGAAGUUCUGUCAUCCAAGAUGGCCGGAGGAGGCAGAGUUCCUCCAGCGAGAGCUCCAGGAUCUGAAGAGUCUCCAAUUGAAGUACUUCCAGGAUAAGUGGAACUAUUUUGACUGGGUGUGUUACCUACUGCUGGUCGUGUGUGUCGUCACCCACCUGGCAGACGUGGUGCAGCACUCAGAUCAGCUGGCUCGCUGGCACAUCCGCAUCAUGUGCGUCACCAUCAUCCUACUCUGGCUACGACUCAUGAAGUGUGUUCGGGCUUUUACAGUUGUGGGUCCUUUCAUUGUGAUGAUGGGACACAUGAUGUCUGACCUGCUCCGGUUCCUCUUCCUCUUCCUGGAGUUCUACAUACCAUAUGUGUGUGCCUUCUGGAUGAUCUAUGGUGGAGACAAGGUGGAGGAGGGUGGAGAGGAGCUGGUCGAGGUGGAGGGGUUCAACAAUCCCGGUGAAGUCUUCUUCAGCCUGUUCCAGCUCACACUGGUGGAUGAGUAUGACCUUGAGCACAUGCUGCAAGUGGACCAGGUGAUGACGUACCUGCUACUCACAACCUGGUUCUUCUUCUCCGCCAUUCUCUGUCUCAACCUCUUCAUUGCCCUCAUGACCAACACCUUCCAGAUAGUCUAUGACAAUGCCAAGGCCAAUGCUUUAAUGCAGAAGGCUAUAACUGUCCUCCACACCUGGGAGGCAAUGUCAGAGAGACGACAGAACAAGUUUCUACAGCACAUAGCCAAAAAGUGCUCUCCCUUGAUUGAGUAUUAUGAUGAUGACGUCCCUGGAAAGAAGGAUGACCUUAAGAAGGUUACAAUGCAUAUAAAGGGUCAGUUGGAUUUUCUACAAGAAUGCUGGAAGGAAAGGUUUGGGGAUUCAGAAGCUGUGGAAAUGGUGAGGACCUAG